CAGUAUAUAAAAAUUCAAAGACAAACAUAGUCAACAAUACAAUCGGAAACCUAUCACAAAAGUUUUUUUUGCUACAUUUUUUCUAAAAUCUAGAAGAAAAAAUCCAAACGUUUCUAUUUAAUAAAGAAAUUCAUUCGGCAUAAGAUUUUUCAUCAAAAUGGAUUUCUUUAACGAUAUAUUUGGUAAAAAGCCAACUCUCAAAGAGCAACAACGAGAAAAUGAUCGAGCACUGAGAAAGGCGGGUCGUGAUAUUGAACGUGAACGAAGAAAAUUAGAAGAUGAAGAAAAGAAAAUUGAAGCCGAGAUAAAGAAAAGUGCAAAAGAGGGAAACAAAGAAGCAUGCACCCUCUUGGCGAAACAAUUGAUUCAGUUGCGAAAACAAAAAAAUCGCACAUAUUCGGCAAAUAGUAAAAUUUCCAGCGUUGGCUUCCAAAAUAAAGCGAUGGGAGCCAAUAUAGCAAUAUCGGGCGCGAUGGGAACUACAUCCAAAACAAUGGCGGAGAUGAAUAAGAUAAUGCGCCCGGAAAAGAUUGGCGCCGAUAUGAGGGCAUUCCAACAGGCAAACAUGAAGAUGGAAAUGACCGACGAAAUGAUAAACGACACAUUGGAUGAUAUGUUAGAGGAAUCUGGCGAUGAAGAAGAAACAAAUGGCAUUGUUAAUAAGGUACUCGAUGAGAUCGGAAUUGAAAUUAGCGGAAAAAUGCAUGAUGCUCCAAAUGCAGUCAAAGACAGUCUUGGUAAUUCGUCCAAACUUACCGAAAAAGACAUUGAGGCACAGCUAGCUAAACUACGAUCUACAUGAAUUUUUGUAAAAAUAAAUGUAUAUCACAUGAAAUUUUGAGUAUUUUCUAAAAGAAAUUAUAUUUUAAGAACAGGUAU